AUGUUCUGGGGUGUAAUUUCCUUUUCCUCUCGAUCGUCUUUAUGGCCGCUUCAUGGAGACCCUACAUCUGCUCGCGGAGGUGUUACUAGCCACUGUAUUCUCGAAUGCCUUCAAGAUCAACCUCCAAAAAUUGCACAGUCGGGUUCUAUAUUUGUUCAAGAUAACGCACCUACACAUAAAGCUCGAAUUGUUCAGAAUUGGCUGCGUGAAUGGGCCGAACAGAAUGGGGUUACUUUAGUAGAUUUGCCUCCUUAUUCACCUGAUCUUAAUCCAAUUGAGAACAUAUGGAAACUGCUUAAGGAAGAAAUCUGUAAAAGAUUGCCGGAACUAUCACUAUUACCUCAGAAUAAUCAGUCAUUAAAUAAGUUAGGCGAAGCAGCUGUGGAAGUCUGGGAGGAUUUCCAUCAGGACCUCAUAAAUAAGCUAGUCUUAUCAAUGCCCCGAAGACUUCAAGCUGUAGUAGAUGCAAACGGCUGGUACACAAAAUAUUAA